AUGAGGGAAAACAUGAAAUGCACAGUCAGCCAGAGGCGUAGCAAGGGGGGAAAGAACCCCAUGUACUGGAUGGACAAAACAAUGGCUGCUAAAAGGCAAGAAGAACCCAUUUCCUCCUCUGCAAGUAGAGAAGAGGUGCAACAGCAGAAUGUGGUCGUGAGACUGACCAACCUACCUCUGGUGAGCUCUGCCUACAACAUGGCUGCCUCUGCGUAUGCUUCGUCCAAAGAGCACCACCCCUACGUCAAAGCAGUCCUGGAUUUGGCUGAGAAAGGCAUGAAGCAUGUCUCCAGUGUGGCUACUAGCAGUGUUCAACCCCUCCUGAUGAAACUUGGACCCCAGGUUUCAGUGGCAGGUCAGUACGUCUCAAUGGGUCUGGAUAAACUGGAGGAGAAGCUGCCAAUCCUCCAUCAGACAGCUGACCAGGUUGUUUCAGAUAUGCAAGAAUUGGUGUCAGCAAAAGUGGCCGGUGCCAAAGAAGCUGUGACGAAGGCUGUGCAAAGUGGCAAGGAAGUAGUCAUAGAAAUGGGAAUGGGCAAGAUGGCCUUGAACGCAGCAGAUGUGGUGCUAGAGAAGUCUGAAGAGUUGCUGGACCGCUAUCUCCCAAUGAUGGAUGAAGAGCUAGCUGAGCUAGCAGAAUCUACACCCGCAGGGGUCGACACAGCUUCUGAGGAUCGGGGCUACUUCGUGCGUCUUGGCUCUCUAUCAAAUAUGCUCCGACACCGGUCCUACCAGCAUGCUGUAGCGAGCAUGAAAAUCACUAGAAGUAACAUCAGAGAAGCUUUCUCUUGGCUGCAUCAGUACAUCGGACAGAUGCACACACACAGUUUAAAUAAAGCUCUUGCAGAAUUCCAAUGCCAGAAACUUCCCUACGUCUGCUCACCAGCAAAGCUUGCUCUUUUGGCAAAGCAGGUCCUGCCCCAGCAAUUCUCCACCAAAACUGUUACUGGCCUAACAGGGAUAGAGCACACAAAGGAAGAUGUUGUCCAGGAAGGCCAGGAAAAGCUGUAUCAGAUAGAAACCGUGGCCAUGUCUUCCCGUGUCACCGAACAGCUGAAGAUGGCAUUCAGGAACCUCAUUGCCAAUAUCCAAGGUCUGCCGGGUAGCCUUCAACAUAACUUGCAGCAGACAUAUCUAGGCAUGGAAGAGCUCCAUGUGUCCUUUGCCAAUGCGAAGUCUUUCCAUGACCUCUCAAACAUCCUUCUAAGUCGACGUCAAGACAGGUUCCUCAAAGCCCAGGAUUGUGUAGAGGGUGUUCUGGAAUAUGUGGUCAAUAACACUCCAUUGUCUUGGCUUGUAGGGCCGCUUGCUCCUGGACCUGACAAACCAGGAGAUAUAGCAGAGCACAAAAAACCUAAUGAUGGGCAAAGAAAGGUCUUAAACAUGCCAGAACAAUAG